AUGAAGGUCUCAGCAUUCGCAGUGGCAGCAAUUGCCCAAACCGUUGCCGUUCAAGCCAGCAGUGCGCACCGUUUCUAUGAACAUGCAGCCAACGCCACCAACGGUAACGCCACAAGCAAUGGUAAUUGCUAUUGCUUCCCCGGUGACGCCUGCUGGCCAUCUGAAUCCACCUGGGCAGCCCUCAACACCACUACCAGUGGUCGAUUGAUCGCUACGACGCCCAUUGGUUCUCCUUGCCAUGCUCCAAACUACGAUGAAGCAGCUUGUGCGGCAAUUCAAUCAGCCUGGACAGGCCCUCAAAUUCACUUGUCGUCCUCGUCCUCGGUUAUGACCCCGUUCUUCGCUAACCAAAGUUGCGAUCCUUUCACCCCACAAACCCAGGCCUGUCUGCUGGGAAACUACGUCCGCUACGCAGUUGAUGUUCAGACGGUUGACGAUAUCGUUGCUGGUGUGAAAUUUGCAGCUGAUAACAAUGUUCGUUUUGUUGUCAGGAACACUGGUCAUGACUUCCUUGGAAGAUCUACUGGUGCUGGUGCUCUCUCCGUUUGGACUCACAACUUGAAGGAUAUCGACUUCAUUGACAAUUACUCCGACAAAUUCUACACUGGCAAAGCAGCCAAGGUCGGAGCCGGUGUUCUCGGUUACGAGAUGCUUACUGCUGCUAAGGCUAAAGGCGUUGUCGUCGUUUCAGGAACAUGCCCAACUGUCGGUCUUGCAGGUGGAUACACACAAGGUGGUGGUCACUCAGCAUUGAGUACCUCUUUCGGUCUUGCUGCUGAUCAAACUCUCAGCUUCGAUGUUGUUACCGCCGCUGGAAAAUUGGUAACAGCUUCUCGCACCAAAAACUCAGAUCUCUACUGGGCUCUGAGCGGCGGUGGUGGUGGAAACUACGGAAUCGUCACCUCCAUGACCGUCAAGACACACCCAGAUGCCAAGAUCGGAGGUGCAAGUCUUCAACUCUCCACAGCCUACACAACCAAAGAUACAUUCUACUCCGUCGUCUCCGAAUUCCACAGACUCCUCCCCGACAUGGUUGACGCUGGAACCAUGGUCGUCUUCGUAAUCAGCAGCACCUUCCUCCAAAUCAGCCCGGUAACCGGCUACAACAAGACCGCCGACGAAAUGAAAGCCAUCAUGGCCCCCUUCGUCGCAGUGCUCAACGCCAAAAACGUACCUUUCGCAGCAACCUACACAGAAUUCGACUCCUACUACGACCAUUACGCCCAAUACAUGGGUCCCCUCCCAAUGGGCCACGUCCUCGUCGAAGAAUACCAAUUCGCCAGUCGUCUCCUCCCUCGCUCCGUCAUCAAGAACAACAACGAUGGAAUCCAAGCCGUUCUUCGCAACGCCACCCAAGGCGGGGCCAUGAUCCUCGGUCUGGGUCUCGACGUCUCAAAACCAGGAGAUGUCGACAAUGCCGUCCUUCCCGCUUGGAGAGACGCCCUCAUCCACUCCACCUUCGUCACCAUCUGGGACUCCACCGCCCCUUGGUCCUCCAUGGUGGCUGACCAGGACAAGUUGACCAACGUCUGGAAUCCAGCCCUCAAAGCACUUACCCCAGGAAGCGGCUCUUACAUGAACGAAGCCGAUUACCGCGAGCCCGACUUCCAGACUAACUUCUUCGGCGCGAAUUACGAGAAAUUGUUGGCGAUUAAGAAGAAGUGGGAUCCUAAGGCUUUGUUUUAUGCGACGGUGGGUGUGGGAUCGGAGUUUUGGGAGAUCAAGCAGGAUGGACAUAUGUGUCGGAUUGAGUAA